UGUAGGUGGAGCCAGUGUACAAGAGCCCAGAGGCCCAGAGCCAUAAGAGCCAUAGACAUAAUAUCAUCAUUCCUUUUGUUGACAAAACUUGGUGUGUGUGUCUUCGGUUGAAGUUUGUUUUUGUCUGCUGCUGCUGCCGUUGCCAUUGCCAUUGCUAUUGCCUUUGCUGCUCUUUUGUUUUUCGUAUCUGACAGAUACGCGCGUACAUCUCGCCCUGCUGCACACACGGAUCGCUCGUCUCGGCUCACAGGUUGCCGUUUUGGCCAGUGAAAGGUCGUCAUUCUCACGGUUGCCGUUUCAGUUUGUCAUUGGCGUCGCGUGCGCAAUUCGUUCCGUUCAACUCCAAAUAGCGACGGCUUCGUUCUUGGAGUAUCCGCAAGAUACAAAUUGGACCCGGCUCGGGAGUCGCAAGUGCCAAGUGCCGCUUAAUUGCUUAACAAUGGUCGAGAGCUGCAAUUGUGAAGUGCUUCCGUAUCAAAGAAAACUCAUUUAAGAGCUCAAUUCUUCACCAACAAUUAUAUUGGAUAUUAAUACGCUGAACAAAAACCAAAAAUUUGGAUUAAAAACGACGAUUCUGUGGGAAUACGAGUAUGGUUGUUAUAAAUGGCUACACCUUCAAGUCGAAACAACUCCACACACAACAGACAAACCACUCGCAGCACUUGCAAUACGGCCAGACCCAAAGUCAGGGCCAAAAUCCGGGUCAGAACCAGCAGCAUUCCGCCGGCUCCCUGGUCAUGCCGGCUACGACGGCGUCAGCGACGACGGCUGCGUCGAAGGGCAAGCGGGAGUGGGACAUCAACGAUGCCAUCGUGCCCCAUGUGCCCGAGCAGGAGUUCGAUGAGUUUAACGAGUGGAGCGACGGCCAUGUGCGGCACAUCUACUCGCUGCACAACGAGGAGGCUAAGAAGCACAUCUCCGGCUGGGCCAUGCGCAACACCAACAACCACAACGUGAACAUCCUGAAGAAGAGCUGCCUGGGUGUCCUGGUCUGCUCCCAGCACUGUACCCUACCAAACGGAUCCAAGAUCAACCUGCGCCCGGCGAUUUGCGACAAGGCCCGCCGGAAACAGGAGGGCAAAGCCUGUCCCAACAAGAGCUGUCGUGGCGGCAGGCUGGAGAUCAAGCCUUGUCGUGGACACUGUGGCUACCCCGUCACUCAUUUCUGGAGGCAUUCCGGCAACGCCAUUUUCUUCCAGGCCAAAGGAGUUCAUGAUCACCUACGUCCGGACCCCAAGAACUCCAGUGUUUCAAAGAGGGCUUUCGGGCGGGUGCCCUUGGGUGGAAAGUCUGGCAAUGGAGCGGUGCCCAAAAAGUCUGUUAUUGCGGGUCUGGUCAAGCAGGUCAAGCAACAACAGAGUCUGAUGGGAAAGGUCCUGAAACGGCCAACGACUGGAAAUCCACUCUCCCAUUCCGCAUUGGAUAUUUAUCAAUUCAAUGCUUGUGGCAAGUGCACUACGUUUAGCCACUGCACCUGCAGCUACCUAGAUGACACCGCAGCAAGAAGCCACCAACUAUCGCAGUCUUCGAAUUAUGCCGCGAACUCCUGGCCGUUGAGCGGCUCUGAUUCCUCGGCUGCCUGCGAAUCUGCCGCCAACGUGUUCCAUGUCAACCACCAACACAUCACCUACAACUAUCCGAUCUACCACGCCACUCCGACGGCAGCCACAGCAGCUCCCUGCAAGUCGCCCAGUCUGCCGUACACCUGCAGCAUUCCGGAACUAGCCGCUUACCAGCAAUGCGCCUCCGGGAACAGCUACGCGAUGGGGGCUCCGGGGCACUCCCAGUGUCAGACACUCUCCUACGAGUCCAGUCCACAACUGGCCACCCCAGAGCCGGAGUUCAUAAACUACUCGCAGAUCAAGCACUUGGGCGGCGGAGGUCCGGAGGAGAUCAACUGCAAGGGCGAGCCACCCACCAUAAAGUACAACGCCACGGUGGAGACUCAACCGUAUGUGGAGGAUAACUAUGACUACUAUUACAGUCCCAAGGCGGAGUACGAGCUGCAGCAACAGCAGCACCCCCACCCGCACCAUCACCACCACCAGCAGCAGCAGCAGUAUGGCGGAAACCACUACUACGAGAGCGGAAGUGGUUACAACGGAGUUAGCUACUUCGACACCGGAACCACAACAACGACUCCGGGAAGCGCAGCUGGGACCGGAAGUUCUCUGGAUCCUGGGUACGGCGGCUACUACGAUCCCUACUCCAGCUUCGAGCAACAGAUGACCACCGUGGCCCCUCACCCAGGUCACCCACCUCCGCCAGCGCCACCGCCCACGCUAACGUACCACAACCACCACCACCACUUGCACCACUCGGCGGCAUCUGUUCCGACAUCGGUGGCGCUAGCACCUUCGAUCACCCAAUGAAUAGUACUUAACGAUCCGGACUCCGGACAGGAUUACUCGAUAGUCGAUACUUAGUCUAGUUAGUGUUAGGAUUACUUUGUGAAAUCUUAAUUUCGAUCGGUAUGCGUAGUGUUGCAUAGUUUUCUCAUUGCUUUUUCGGGCAAA